AUGGAUCCUUUCUCCAUCGCGACUGGCGUUGCCGGUCUUGUUUCGCUUGGCCUUACAGUCUCGGGCGGAUUAAUUCAAUACUGUAAAGACUAUAAAUCUCAAGAUACAGAUCUCGUCAAAUUGACGCAACAUGCCCAAGAGCUUGAAUCAUUACUCAGCCUUAUUGAAAAUCGAACUACUGGGUCACAGAGUCCUAAUGGAGAUAUCACUACUUCGUUGCAAAAAUGCCGAGAUGCUUGCGACGCCUGCCUACGAGAUUUUAAGCAGAUGAAUGCUAAGUACACCGGCUCGAAGCCUGGUCAGACCUUCAAAGGACGCGGCCGGAAACUCCUUCACGAUUUGAAAUAUCCAUUUGACAAAGGGAAGUUUGAUGAUUGUCGAUUUCAGCUUCAAGAGUUCAAUGCUAGAUUGCUCGGGUACUUGCAAUUGGUUAAUCUCGACCUUACUCGAGACAUGAGAUGUACUAUGGUUCUCGAAUUUGCGCAAGUUACUACAGCUGUCGACUCCGUAGCUAGACAACUUCAAUCUUCUAUCUCAGAUGCCAACAAUGCAGUGACCAGCACGAUACGUGAUAGUGUCGACCAGCUAGGGGAUUCAUUCCAGCGAAGUAUUCAGAAGACCGAGAGUAAUAUGAUAAAUUCCAUGGCAGCUAGUCUACACAGCCUGUCGGAUAACUUUGAACAGGGGCAAGAAAGACAGACGUCAAUUAUUACUUAUCAACUAGAACGGAUUAUCCAAAUGGUACAAACCCAGAAUACGGCACAGACAGCAGGUCCUUCAGUCGAAAACCGAGUAGCAUUGGAUACACAUAGCAUGAAAAAAUCUUACCAAGAUAGAAGCGCUAUGAGGACACCAUCUUCAGUGAUGUCUGGAAGAGCUGGUCUCUGCGACUGCCCAAAAGCGCGGCACGGGUAUUCCAGUACGCGACAUAAAAAAGAUUGCCUAUAUUCGUUUACCAAUAAGAAGAAGCGGACUUUCUCUAUGAGGUUUCAAGCUUUCCGACACCAAGUUAUCUGGACAUGGCAAAUCGAAUACUCUCCACUGGCGUGGGCUCGAAGUUGCCAAAUACACCGCAAUCUCACGCUUCGAGCCACUGUACCAAACAGCGCUCCUGCGUUUAGGAUUAUAUCAAAAAUGAGAAUCGGUUUUCUCUUUAAGAAUAUAAGCACUACACAGGAACUAGGAAGAGCCUGUCAAAAUUACUUAGUUGAACUCCAACAUAUAUUUGCAAACGGUAUGGGGUGGCCGACGGAUGUAAAUGAAUAUGGACAUAACUUGAUACAUGAGACCCUACCAUCAACUUACUGGUAUCUUAGUCGGUUGAAAUUAGUAAGAGAAGAAAAAUUAGCAGGGGAUGAAGAAUUAUCAACUAUCCUAUUGCAGUUCCUAAAGGCUUUAGUUCUUAUGGGAGCACCGAUCAAUGAUGUUGACAAGUUUGGGAACACGCCUCUAUACACCAUAAUCCAUCAUACUACUCUAAAUAUAAGGACCCAUAUGAUCAAUGAGUUAGUAGAUGCGGAGGCUACCGUCGGUGAAAACUACAACCCCGAUAAGAUCCUCAGAUUCUUAUCCUUGAAUAACCCUAGCCUAUAUGACAACUUCAGUUGCGCUGAAUUCUUAUAUGAAGUGCUGCUUCGCUCAGAAUCUAGCUUCGUUCGCCUUCGUACCGACCCUUCUCUGAUAUUCGAGCGUACUAGGGAGGGCCAAACAGCAUUCCAUUUAGCUGCCAACUGGCCUAGAGGCAUCUCGACUCUGAUCAAAUCCGCCGGCUGGGCAAUAAAAUAUAUAAUUAAUGCGGAAGAUACUAAUGGAAAUACUGCUCUGUCAUACGCAGUAAUGCUAGACGAACCGGAUUCCGUCCGGUUGUUACUUGAUGCUGAUGCGAUCAUUGAGGAAUCGAUAAUAUGGGAUCUUCAUGAAAGAUGGGAGGUGAUACAGAUUAUAGUCACAUAUCUCGCACAGCUACAAACCGGAUUAUUGAAGCUUGCACUGCAAAACCUUCCAGCCGAGAUAAUCGACAAGCUUAGACUGAAGGAGGAUGAAACCCUUGACUUUGGCGACAAGGCAUUCGAUGUUGUCAAAGCUCUCAGGCAACAACAAGUACCAAUACCUGACAUCUACCACAUCCCAAAAGUCCGCCCGGUCUACCAUUGGCUCAGUUGCAAUGCCUCUAUAGCCCAAAUGUUAUUUGACGCCGGGUUUCACGGGACAGAUACAAUAUUUUCUGGAUACACCCCAUUAAUGACUCUAUCAUACUACUAUCAUGGUUUAGCUUCCUGUUUAGAGCUGGUCUGCUGGUUUGAAGAUCACGGCGCCGACCUCCAUACGCCGAUUCCUAUCCCUGGGCGUUAUACCUUCGCAUCGAAUCCAGAAGGUCUAGCGCCAAUUCACCCAACUAUACAUAAAGCCUUGUAUGAUUUAGGUCAAGCAUCAUGCCUUUUAAUAAAUACAAAUAUGAAAUUAUCCACGGAAAUCCAACCUCGAUUCGCAAAGCUUCUUCAAGACGAAUACGCAGAUCCUUGUCUCUGCUAUUGCACUCUUAGCGGGUGUACUUCAGCUUCGAAGUACGCGCGUGCGGUUUUUGAAGUUUACGGCACUGGUCCCCCUACAAUAAUACCACAUUGGCAAAAAGUGACCGAGGGAGGAACGAUUGGCUAUAAUAAAAGUGUGGUAAUAUUGGGCUUGAUCCGCGUCAUAACAUUUGACGAGCUUGGUAUGAAGCACACCUGUUGUAGCUACAGAAUGUCCUCCUUCCAAGGGAUAAUUGAGCAAGGGUUGCUCAUUCUCAUGGAGCCAGCAGAGAUUGAAGAAAUACGAGAGGAAGACCGAUAUCUAGCAAAACAGUUGGACGCUUUAAUGGAGGAGUUCGAGGCAAAGCUACAAGAGAUGGAUUGGCCACUGAGUAGGUUUAUAGAGGAAUACUGGGAGCCAAGAAUGGGUGAGGUGAAGAAGGAGCGUGAUAAGUUGUCGGCCGAUGCGUUGCAUGCUAUAAAAGAGAUUGGUGUCGUGCUAGAGGAAUCUUAA